UCUCCUUGCUGCAUAGUCUCUUGCCUCCUGAAGCGACUAUACAGAUUUGCCGAAUCUGGUCCCAAUUACGCUCCAAGCCAUCUCAAGAUCAGUGUGACGAGAGACAGGGUUUAAUCUUUUCCACUUCUUCGUACUCAUCUUCGUCGAUUCUAUCAUCUUCACCCUUGUUGGCAGGUGUCUUUUCAGCAUCCUUAAUUGCUUCUACUAUCCCUUCUUGCCCUCCUGCUGGCGACUUUAAGACUGCUUUUCUUAUGACUGGAUUGGCCAAACAGGCGCGCGAGAUCAUCAAGCGCUAUUUUGGCGAAGAGUUGCUAUACGCAGAUAUCCAUCAACUGAAGUCGGUAAAUUCUGCUUGUUAUCAAACUGCCAAACGAACUGUUAUUUCUCAUCUCCGAAAGCCAAUUUGUAAACGAAUGAUCGAGACAGAAGGUCAGCUUUAUUCAUCAUUUAUUUUAAAUUAUAAUUUUUGCUUUCAUUUUCACUCUGAUAUCCCUGAGUAUAGUUAA